AAGCAGUUCCGGGAAACCCCGCGUGCUGCCGGGAUCGCGUCUCUGUCCAUGAGGGGGGGAGGGGGUGGCGCGCGCGCCAUUUCUAGUCGUUUUCAAAGCGCCUCGCGCUGAUUCUCACGGGCCCGGCCGGCGGCCCCAGCUCUGCCCUGCAGCAUAAUAAAAUGGCUAAUCAGGUGAAUGGUAAUGCGGUACAGUUAAAAGAAGAGGAAGAACCAAUGGAUACUUCCAGUGUAACUCACACAGAACACUACAAGACACUGAUAGAGGCAGGCCUCCCACAGAAGGUGGCAGAAAGACUUGAUGAAAUAUUUCAGACAGGAUUGGUAGCUUAUGUCGAUCUUGAUGAAAGAGCAAUUGAUGCUCUCAGGGAAUUUAAUGAAGAAGGAGCUCUGUCUGUACUACAGCAGUUCAAGGAGAGUGACUUAUCACAUGUUCAGAACAAAAGUGCAUUUUUAUGUGGAGUUAUGAAGACCUACAGGCAAAGGGAGAAACAGGGGAGCAAGGUGCAAGAGUCCACAAAGGGGCCAGAUGAAGCGAAGAUAAAGGCGUUGCUUGAAAGGACUGGCUAUACUCUGGAUGUAACCACAGGACAGAGGAAGUAUGGUGGUCCUCCACCAGACAGUGUGUAUUCCGGUGUACAACCUGGCAUUGGAACAGAAGUUUUUGUAGGUAAAAUACCAAGAGAUUUAUAUGAGGAUGAGUUGGUACCCCUUUUUGAAAAGGCUGGUCCCAUUUGGGAUCUACGUCUUAUGAUGGAUCCGCUGUCUGGUCAGAACAGAGGGUAUGCGUUUAUCACCUUCUGCGGGAAGGAGGCUGCACAGGAGGCCGUUAAGCUGUGUGACAGCUAUGAAAUUCGCCCCGGUAAACACCUUGGAGUGUGCAUUUCUGUGGCAAACAACAGGCUUUUUGUUGGAUCAAUUCCGAAGAAUAAGACUAAAGAAAACAUUCUGGAAGAAUUCAGUAAAGUCACAGGUUUAACAGAGGGUUUGGUGGACGUUAUUCUCUAUCAUCAACCCGAUGACAAAAAGAAGAAUCGGGGGUUCUGCUUCCUUGAAUAUGAGGAUCACAAGUCAGCAGCACAAGCCAGACGCCGGCUGAUGAGUGGAAAAGUAAAAGUAUGGGGAAAUGUAGUUACAGUUGAAUGGGCUGACCCUGUGGAAGAACCAGAUCCAGAAGUCAUGGCUAAGGUGAAGGUUUUAUUUGUGAGAAACUUGGCUACUACAGUGACAGAAGAAAUAUUGGAAAAGUCAUUUUCUGAAUUUGGAAAACUCGAACGAGUGAAGAAGUUGAAAGAUUAUGCGUUUGUUCAUUUUGAAGACAGAGGAGCAGCUGUUAAGGCCAUGGAUGAAAUGAAUGGCAAGGAGAUAGAAGGGGAAGAAAUUGAAAUAGUCUUAGCCAAGCCACCAGACAAGAAAAGGAAAGAGCGCCAAGCUGCUAGACAGGCUUCCAGAAGCACUGCGUAUGAAGAUUAUUACUAUCACCCUCCUCCUCGUAUGCCACCUCCAAUUAGAGGUCGGGGUCGUGGUGGGGGGAGAGGUGGAUAUGGCUACCCUCCAGAUUACUAUGGCUACGAAGAUUACUAUGAUGAUUACUAUGGUUAUGAUUAUCACGACUAUCGUGGAGGCUAUGAAGAUCCCUACUACGGCUAUGAUGAUGGCUAUGCAGUAAGAGGAAGAGGAGGAGGAAGGGGAGGGCGAGGUGCUCCACCACCACCAAGGGGGCGGGGAGCACCACCUCCAAGAGGUAGAGCUGGCUAUUCACAGAGGGGGGCACCUUUGGGACCACCAAGAGGCUCUAGGGGUGGCAGAGGGGGUCCUGCACAACAGCAGAGAGGCCGUGGUUCCCGUGGAUCUCGGGGCAAUCGUGGGGGCAAUGUAGGAGGCAAGAGAAAGGCAGAUGGGUACAACCAACCUGAUUCCAAGCGCCGUCAGACCAACAACCAACAGAACUGGGGUUCCCAACCCAUCGCUCAGCAGCCGCUUCAGCAAGGUGGUGACUAUUCUGGUAACUAUGGUUACAAUAAUGACAACCAGGAAUUUUAUCAGGAUACUUAUGGGCAACAGUGGAAAUAGACAAGUGAGGGCUUGAAAAUGAUAUUGGCAAGAUCCGAUUGGCUCUAGAUCUACAUUCUUCAAAAAAAAAUUGGCUUAACUGUUUCAUCUUUAAGUAGCAGUUUGCUGCCAUUUGUAUUGGGCUGAAGAAAUCACUAUUGUAUAUAUACUCAAGUCUUUUUAUUUUUUUUUCCUCUUUUCAUAAAUGCUCUUGGACAUUAUUGGGCUUGCAGAGUUCCCUUAUUCUGGGGGUUACAAUGCUUUUAUCGUUUCAGGCUUCAUUUUAGCUUCAAAAACAAGCUGAGCACACUGUUAAAUCAUGAUUUUGCAGAACCUUUGGUUUUGGACAGUUUCAUUUUUUUGGAUUUGGGAUAGAUUACAUAGGAGUAUGGAGUAUGCUGUAAAUAAAAAUCCAAGCUAGUGCUUUGUCUUAGUAGUUUUAAGAAAUUAAAGCAAACAAAUUUAAGUUUUCUUGUAUUGAAAAUAACCUAUGAUUGUAUGUUUUGCAUUCCUAGAAGUAGGUUAACUGUGUUUUUAAAUUGUUAUAACUUCACACCUUUUUGAAAUCUGCCCUACAAAAUUUGUUUGGCUUAAACGUCAAAGCCGUGACAAUUUGUUCUUUGAUGUGAUUGUAUUUCCAAUUUCUUGUUCAUGUAAGAUUUCAAUAAAACUAAAAAAUCUAUUCAAAACAUUACCUAUUUCAAA